AAGAAAUAGAAGAAGAAGAAGAACAAAGCCCGUGAGAGAGAGAGAGGCGCCUGUUACACCAACUGCAACCGGCGCCGUGACAUUUGACGGUACCGGCGCCGCGGCGGGAAGAAAAGACUCGCGCACCGUGUCGCCCCGCAGUCAUAAAGGUGGCGCCGUCUAUUUGCUGGAGCCGCCGCGGGUCGUGCUGUUGUGUUCCUUUGCCCCCCUCGGUUCGCUUUGACAACGCACUGUUCGCCUUUGCGUAUCUAACAUUAGCGAAGCUAGUUCGCCAGUCGGUGUCGGUAGCGGGGCUUUAACUGGGCGAGCUGAGUUCGCCUUGGACCCGCUGGCUCCGCCCCCAGCGAGCUCACAGCAGCGGCGUGAAGUCACCGAUCACUUACCGGGAGCUCAUGCUAAUCCGUUAAAGAGUCACGUGUCCCUCCCGGUGUGCUCCACACGGAGCUGCGUCUGGAGCCGCUCCUGCUCACCGCCUGCUCUCCUCUUGAGACGCCAGUGCUGAGGCCCGUUGGUCCUUCCUCAGGAUGGCUAGUUGUGGAGAGGUCGACCGCUCCGUCAGCUCGCUGCCAUCCAGUAAGAAAAGCAGCAACAACAGUGGCGGCGGGAACGGCGCCGAGUCGGCGUGCUCCGGCCCCGGCGGCUCGGCCCCGGCGCCGUCCGUCCCGGAGUGCGCCAUCUGUCUGCAGAGCUGCGUCCACCCCGUCCAGCUGCCCUGCCACCACGUCUUCUGCUUCCUGUGCGUGAAGGGAGCGGCCUGGCAGAGCAAGCGCUGCGCGCUCUGCAGACAGGAUGUACCGGACGACUUCCUGGAGAGGCCCACGCUCCUUUCCCCGGAGGAGCUGAAGGCCUCCGCGGGGGGGCGGGGCGGGGCGGCGAGCGACCACGCCUGGUACUACGAGGGCCGCAACGGCUGGUGGCAGUACGACGAGCGGACCAGCCGCGAGCUGGAGGACGCCUCCUCCAAGGGGAAGCACACGGCCGAGAUGCUGAUCGCCGGCUUCCUGUACGUGGCCGACCUGGAGAACAUGGUGCAGUACCGGCGCAACGAGCACGGGCGCCGGCGCAAGAUGAAGAGGGACGUGCUGGACAUCCCCAAGAAGGGCGUGGCGGGGCUGCGUCUGGACGGCGUGGUCGGGGCGGCCGGGCGAGAGAACUCUGCCGAUGGGGCGGAUACGACGGCGGCGGGGGUCCCCGCCGCGCUCACAGCCCCCCCCUCCCUCGGGGGGGGCGGGGCUGCCCUGGAGGACGCACUCUCCCGACUGCAAAUCGCCCCUCGGCCCACGCCUUCAAAUGAGCGGUCUGGGGAAGGAGAGGAAGUCGACGAGGAAGAGGAGGUCACGCCCUCCCGGUCCUCUGACCCUCACACCUCAGUGGACGAGUCCGUCUCUGGAGACUGGAGCGACGAUGAAGAGGAGGAGGAUGAAGAGGGGGGAGAUGGAGAGCGCGUCGAGCCCUGGGAGGACAGGCCGUCCAGUGGACGGGUCUUCGCCUCCUCCCUCCAGCAGGGGGCGCUCCAGGAUGCCUGAAGGCCAGUGCACCUGAGGAGGUGUGAGGUCACCACUCGUCUGUUCCUCUCAGCUGGUCCCUCGUCACGGACACAUUGGGUCAAUUGCUUCGGAACAAAACUGAUUUCAACAUAGAGUUGGUGUCAGCGUGUCGCCACUGCUCCGUGUUUGGAGAGGGUCACGAGUCUUCACCACGAGCAGCGGCUUCGUCGCCUCCUCUUCAUCGCCUCCUCUUCAGCUCGUCCUGUGACCCGUGAGAUGACCUCGGCCUCCGGCCGUCUUCCUCCUCAGUGAACCGAUGACGUCUGUCGUGGGAUCUCGUUUCAGAGCAGAUUGUUUUAGAGGAAACGUUUCCGGUCGUUUCUCCAGAUAAAGAAAGUAAAUCAAGGAGCACUUUGCUCUUCCUCAACGUAACAACGCUGUGAAGAGGAGCGUCUCAUACCGCUGGCUCCGCCUCAAACCCUCCAGUUCCACUUCCUGUUUGACGUGAAUGCUUUACAGAAGUGCAGAAUAUUAAUUGAACCUUCCCGAGCUUUAAAUAAUGUGCAUUUAAAUGUGACGCGUCUUGUGUUCUCAAUGGCUGCUUCUAAAGUUUGUGAUUGUGCAUGUCUGGGAGGAGGAGGAGAACUCGUGGCGCUGCUCUUGGCCCCUGCAGACUUCAAGUGAUGUCAUUUUAUAUUUCUUCCUUCAGCUCUUCGUCUUCCAUCCUGAAGAAUAAAGUGUGGACCAGUUGUUA